AUGGCCGCCUCAUCCCUCGUGUGCGCCUUGGCCACCCGGCUGCUCCGGCCCGCACGGAACUGCUGCUUCCGCCACCGUCCGCUCCACCUCUCGGCUGUUCGAAAUGAAGCUGUUGUCAUUUCUGGAAAGAAGCUCGCCCAGCAGAUCAAGCAGGAAGUGCGGCAGGAGGUGGAGGAGUGGGUGGCAGCCGGCCACAGGCGGCCGUACCUGAGCGUGGUCCUGGUCGGCGAGAAUCCUGCAAGUCACUCCUACGUCCUCAACAAAGCCAAGGCUGCUGCCGACGUGGGAAUCAGCAGUGAGACAAUUUUGAAGCCCGCUUCAGUUUCAGAGGAAGAACUGUUGAACUUAAUCAGUAAACUAAAUAAUGAUGAUAACGUUGAUGGCCUGCUGGUUCAGCUGCCGCUCCCUGAGCACAUCGAUGAGAGGAAGAUCUGCAACGCUGUUUCUCCAGACAAGGAUGUCGAUGGCUUCCAUGUGAUUAAUGUGGGGCGACUGUGUUUGGACCAGUAUUCCAUGUUACCGGCUACCCCGUGGGGCGUGUGGGAAAUAAUUAAGCGAACCGGCAUUCCCACCCUAGGGAAGAAUGUGGUUGUAGCUGGAAGGUCCAAAAAUGUUGGGAUGCCCAUUGCAAUGUUGCUACACACAGAUGGGGCGCACGAACGCCCUGGAGGUGAUGCCACUGUUACAAUAUCUCACCGAUACACCCCCAAAGAGCAGCUGAAGAAACAUACCAUUCUUGCAGAUAUCGUGAUCUCUGCUGCAGGCAUUCCAAAUUUGAUCACAGCAGAUAUGAUCAAGGAAGGAGCAGCCGUCAUUGACGUGGGAAUAAACAGAAUUCAGGAUCCCGUCACUGCUAAACCCAAGUUGGUUGGAGAUGUGGAUUUUGAGGAAGUCCGGAAAAAAGCCGGUUACAUCACUCCGGUCCCUGGGGGCGUUGGUCCCAUGACAGUGGCGAUGCUAAUGAAGAAUACCAUUAUCGCUGCCAAAAAGGUGCUGAGGCUGGAAGAGCAGGUGGUACUGAGGUCUAAAGAGCUUGGAGUGGCAACUAAUUAA